AUGAGUCCCGUCGGACGUCCGUUGGUUUUUCUCCUUUUCAUUCUCCUAUUGUGCGCUUAUCAUGUGUCACUUUCUGUAGUCACGGCCGGCCUGAGCCGCUGGGGCGCUUUCGCACUGGCACUUGCCACGACUCUCACAAUAGCCCUUCUACUGCUUGUGGUAAUUAUGGCGUACCUGCAUUGUCUUCAAAAGGUAACAAGGUCAGCUGUUGCACCAGAGCGAGCUCUUGUCAUGCAGGAGGAAGAGGAGACUGUUGUAAAGAUGAUCCCUAGAUCGCCUCGCGCGUCGACAGCGUUACCACCGCAACAUGAGAGUACCUUAACUGUUACUCAUACCAAUGAGAGCGACAAUGAAAGCCUGCAGUCUCCGCGGGCACCGCAGUCUACUCGGUCUCUCUCUUCUUCAAUUCCGAACCCCGCAAUCAUCGAGAGGAGGACACUGUCUUUGCCAGUGCUGCGUCAGUCGUGGUUGCCCCCUUCUCCACCAUUCCUCAAUUUGGAUGAUAAUAUCACUGCCGACGGAAGGGUCACAAUGAUGCGUCGAAGCGCCAAUAACGUGGGAAGCAGUGAUGUGCAGGUGGAGACUAUGGCAAAGAGCGCUAUUGGCACGCAACGUCCGUUGAACCGUUCCCAAAUGUUGUUUAGCGAUGAUGGGCCAAGUGGAAACCUUACUGUUAACAGGAUGUGCUCGUUGAGCCGGCGGGAAUUGAUCCCAUUGCAGUUGCAGGAACAUCAGCAGCAGCAACGGAUAACAUUGACAUCGAAUUCUUUGAUGGAUCCAGCAAUCACGGCUAUUAAUCUGACGCCUUCCACUCGCGCACCGCUGCCUAUCCGUGGUGGACUACCGGUGGAACUGCAGUUUGUGGUCCUUGUUCUCUUGGCUCUGGUGAUGCUGCUGCUACUUGCAGGGUCUUUUUGGAUAUCAUACAACACAGGUGAGGUUAUGGCAGCAAUUCCUGUUUUUGCCGCUCCGCUACUAUAUUUGCACGUGGUGGAGUUUGCAUGUACUGUUAGUGUGAGAAAAGAAAAUUCUGCGAUGGGCAAAAUACUCCGCCUCCUCGUCCACCCCGCAGUACUACCACUUAUAGCUCUCGUAUCGCUGGGUUUAUACAUCGCCGUCGUGGUGAUCUUAAUGGAAAAAGACCUCACCUUGCUUUACGGCUAUGACAUCAGUGCCAAUUUCGUGACGGCCUUCACGGUUGUAUGUAUGCUUUCCCCAGUUCCUGUCUUUGUUACGUGUUUUUCUACCAGGAGCCUUGCUUCAUUUGAGGUGGAAAAUAAACGCCUCCCCAUCCCAUCAUUACCAUCACCACCGAUACCACCUGAGGGUGCCGCAAACGCUGAAAGGGUGGAUCAUCAGAAUCCUUUUCAAUUUCAGGCUGUCGUGUCUGGAUCAAUGGCAAAUCCUGAAACCGAAGUGGAAGAAUCAGAGCUCUCUUCCAUUAUGCUGUCCCGGUAUGCAUCUGUUCUUCCUUCGCGGGUUGGUAGCCGAUCAGGCCGGUCUGUAGUUUUCGCAUCGCCCUCCUCUGGUGAUGUUCGCCCACCAUCGAUUCAGUCGGGUCCAGCAGCUCCGUGCAUACGUGUUGGCUACCGUCCGCAAGUGAAGAGCAUGACGCUGCUGUACGUGGCGUUCCGCGACACCCGAGUUGUCGGGUCCGCUGCGGACGCCAGUGAGGUGAGAGAGAGGAAUAGAAAAAUAGCACCAAAAGAGCUGCAAGAAAAGAUGGCUUCCGAUUUUCAUGCACUGGUGGACGCGGCAAAGGAGAUUGAGGUUUCGUAUGGGCCGUUUGUUUUAACCGCCCACCAGGACGCUUUGUGCUUCGUGUGGGGGGUUCAGCCGCUUUCUGCGGACCCUGUGAUUUGGGCGAUAGACGCCGCGCAGGACUUCUUCACUGCAUUUAUCCCGCCAAGUGGGAGCGACCCCAACUACGCACUCGUUGCUGCGGUACUGCACUCUCCCCACACUUUAGCGACGAUUGUUGGCACAAAUGACAUGAGCAGUGUGCACUUCCUCAGCAAUGAGCAUUCUGUUGGGGAACAGCUUUUGAAUCGUGGCUUCCUCCUCCGCAACUAUGAGAGGCGCAAGUGGUCAGGAAAGAAAUUUGUGACGAGUGGCCUUAUGCUUGAUCGCCGAGCAGCGCAUCUUGCCGCUGCACAGAUCUUGACCCGCCCCGUUGGCAUAGUGCCGUUGGUGUCCACCCCCGCGAGCGCGGAAGCGGCGUUGUCCGCGUCAUCGUCAUCGACCCCAUCGCCCAAGAAUGAACUGGAAGAUUUCACUGUGAUGUACGACUUUGUUGCGCACUUGGGGGAUAAGCAAGAAGAGUGGCACCUCGCGGCACACACACGAGAAAAGUUGUCAGAGAACUUCUUGCCAGCAGUUGAGGCGACACAGGCCUUCUUCCAAGGCAACCUGAGCGCUGCCAAGACGGCCCUCGAAAAGUCAGAACCGGGUGAGGAUGAUGCGUUGCAGCAGCUGAUGCUUUCGGACGUGAAACGCAUCAUUGCUACUAGCACAACAUCACGGAGGUAG